GAGAUCAUCACCCGCUGGUUUGGCUCCAUUAGACCAAACCAAUGUUAUACCUAGACACACAGAUCUCUAGAGGGGCACAGAGAAAGAAAGAGAUGAAGCCAACAUCCUUCUUUUUCGUUACCUUGCUCUUGCUCUUCAUCAUCUUUACUUCACAUACCCCUUUUGUGAAUUCGGAAAAUGACUCCUGCAGCUCUAGUCCCAGCAUCAAUGGCAUCUCCUUUGACAUCACAAAGUUCCAGUGCUUUUCUGUUUGGGAUGCUCAAGGCUUCAUCCUUAGAUAUCAAAAGACAGAAUCUAGUUUAUGGAGCUUUGUCUUGUCCGCGCCUGAUACAAAUGCUUACAUAGCAAUAGGGUUUUCAAGCGAUGGAUCCAUGGUGGGAUCCAGUGCGAUAGUGGGGUGGGUUGGGUCUAAUAGAGGUAUAAAGCAGUAUUAUCUGGGAGGGACCCAAUCAAGCUCGGUUGAGCCUAACAAAGGAAACCUGCAGGUACUGGGCAAUACAUCAGCAGCUUUAUCGCAAUCCAACCGCAUAUACAUGGCCUUCCAGCUCAACACCACCCAACCUCAGUCCAAACUCCUCUAUGCAGUUGGGCCUCCAGGCCAGUUUCCAUCUUCCCCCGAAUUUCGCUUGUCCCAGCACGAAUACAAGAUCUCCACCAGGAUCGAUUAUCUCACGGGUCAAAGUGGCACUGUUCAGACCCCAUAUUCAAGACUGAGGAUGAGCCAUGGCAUGUUGAAUAUGCUAGGUUGGGGUGUUCUAAUGCCAAUUGGAAUAAUAGUUGCUCGUUACUUCAAGCAGUUUGAUCCGACUUGGUUUUAUGUCCACGUUUCAAUUCAAUCAGGUGGAUUUAUAUUAGGAUUAGUAGGAGUAGUAUGUGGACUUGUUUUAAAUGAUCGCAUUAAUGCAAAUGUUGCUAAACACAAAGCUCUUGGAAUUGUUAUUCUUGUGCUCGGGUGCCUCCAGGUGACGGCAUUUUUGGCGAGACCAGACAAGGUAUCGAAAGUGCGAAAAUAUUGGAAUUGGUAUCAUCAUGGUGUGGGGAGAGUUUUGAUUGCUCUUGCAAUAGUAAAUGUUUUCUAUGGCAUUCAUUUAGGCAAUGCAGGAAAUGGAUGGAAUGCUGGUUUUGGGGUUGUUCUUGCUUCCUUGCUUAUUGUCGCAAUUGUUGCAGAGUUUAAGAAGUGGGCAAGAAAAUAACUUCUUGUAUGAUGCAAGUCCAUGUGUUUUGAUUAGUAAUAUUAUUCACUAACUCUUUGAUCUUACU